CUGACAUGAUCGACCUGGAUAUGUGAUGUUUCCCGCACUCCGAGACCGGUCAGCUAUGGGUUCUUGGCUUGCCUCCGUUCUAGCCCAUGAUACAUUACGCUCAGCGUCUUGCCUUCCCAGGAGGUCUGCGACGGAUUGCCAAGCCAGCUUCACGCAUGCGUGCGUGCACUGACAUCAGGGACACAUGUUGUUCUUUUAUGCUUGGCACUCAACUGUCCCGUCGCCGAUAGCAGCGCCGAGCGCACUCCACCUUCGACGACAACGCUCGUCCAGUGACGUCUAGCGGCGCAGCAGUCUCCGAGUCAACGGCUGCUGAACCCAUUUAGCCGAGUCCAGUUGCCUGCAAUGUACCUUGCCCGGUCUACCUCUGUCACAUACUACUGACUGUGAAGUCCGGGCAAGAUGUCCAUACACAGCCUUCGAGGGCGACGCCCCCAUUCCCCGGUCUCGGUUAACGGUGCGCACUCACGUUUUCCGCGCGUCCGCCCCCACGCACUGGCCCCUGCAGCACACACAGACCUUGCGCUGGAAGGCGUCCGGGGUGCUACGUUUUUCCCUCGGACACCCUCGGAAGCGGCUCUUGGUGGUCACCGACAUUCAUUUGGACGCUCUUCACGUGUCGGGAACGGCUCGCAGCAUUUCCACGGGUGCGGGCUUUGGUGUUGGACCCUCCCGAGCUGCCUGCGAUCGUUUUACAGUGCUCGGGAACAAGGCUGUCGUGCCAAUGCUGGAUGUGCGGGAAACACAUGAGGGACAUGAAACAGGCGGUAUAAAAGCUCAGGAGGAUGUCUUUGGACCGGCAGCACUCGACAUCGAGUCUACUAUCAGCCGCACUCCACCUUUCCAUCGCGCCUCUCGACCUCCUUCAGCGGUUCAACCAUGUUCGCGAAGACCAUCCUCGCUCUUGCCGCGCUCGCGGUCGCCGUCAAAGCCGUCCCCUCCCACUCCGCUGUCUGCAGCCAGGGUCGCCGUGCUAGCAGCGAGGCGUGCUGUGUCUGGUUCGACGUUCUCGACGACAUCCAGGAGAACCUGUUCGACGGUUCCCAAUGCGGCGAGGAGACUCAUGAGUCCCUCCGCUUGACCUUCCACGACGCCAUCGGGCUCUCCCCCGCGCUCUUCCGCCAGGGCAAGUUCGGCGGUGGAGGCGCCGAUGGCUCCAUCAUGCACUUCGCGGACAUCGAGACCAACUUCCACGCCAACGGCGGCAUCGACGACAUCGUCGAGACCCAGCGCCCCUUCGCCAUCGCCCACAAAGUCUCCUUCGCCGACUUCAUCCAGUUCGCCGGCGCAGUCGGCGUCUCGAACUGCGCCGGGGGCCCGCGCCUGCAGUUCCUCGCGGGCCGCGCGAACACGACGCAGCCGUCGCCGGACCUGCUCGUGCCCGAGCCGUCCGACAGCACGGACGCGAUCUUCGCGCGCUUCGGGGACGCGGGCUUCAGUCCCGCCGAGGUCGUCGCGCUGCUCGCGUCGCACUCCGUCGCGGCGCAGGACCACGUGGACCCGACGAUCCCGGGGACGCCGUUCGACUCGACCCCGGCCGCGUUCGACGCGCAGUUCUUUGUGGAGACGCUGUUGAGGGGCACGCUGUUCCCGGGGAACGGGUCGAACGUGGGCGAGGUGCUGGCGCCGCUCGGGGGCGAGUUUAGGUUGUUCUCGGACGCGAACAUUGCGAGGGACGCGCGCACGGCGUGCGAGUGGCAGUCGUUCAUCACGGACCACGGCUCGAUGGUGCGCAAGUUCGAGGCGGCGAUGGCGAAGCUCGCGACGGUCGGGCAGAACCCGCGCGCGCUGACCGACUGCUCCGAGGUGAUCCCUGUCCCCAAGGCGGUCAAGCUCCCCGCACCGACCCUGCCAGCGGGCAAGACGCUCGAGGACAUCCAGGCUGCGUGCGCUGCGACGCCUUUCCCUGCGCUGAGGGCUGCUCCGGGUCCCGCGACCACUGUGGCUCCUGUUCCGCCGUCCUAAAAUGUUGAUGCUAGGGGCCGCUCGUUGGGUGAUCGGGAGAGGCCGAUGCUGAGCAUGGCGUAUCUAUUAGGAUUUUAAGCAGAGUUCUCUCGGAUUGGGGACCUGUGCUUCGUACUGAUGGUUGGAAAUUUAUUGCUGUUGUCCG